AUGACUACCGAAGGAGCGAUAUCCCGGGCUGUGGAUAGAGUAAGUGGCGAAGCUAAUCCUGCUAUGAAAGAGAAACCUCUAAACACAGUUGCCAAGUUACCUACGUCUCAAACCUACGGAUUACCUAAUGCUAUAACUUUAAAAGUCACGGCUAAAUAUAUGAUGACAGUAAAUAUUAACACGUCAGACGGACUAGUGAAUGGAACCACGGGGGUACUGACUGCGAUUGAUUUUGCAGUCAAUCCAACUACCGGUGAGAGAAGACCAUUACGCAUUUGGAUAUGUUUCGAUGACGUAAAUAUAGGCAAAUUAAAAAGAAUUCAGAGCUCAACAUCCCUCACUCGUUAUCAAACACGGUUAAAAAAUAAUUGGACUCCAAUAUAG